UCUGUCUUAGGGUCAAUAGUUCCAGAUAUGCCCCUCCUUUCCAAACCUAUCACAUCCGCCGGGGUCCCUGCUGUCGGAAUGAGUCCGGACCACAGUUUGUGCAUUUUGGUUUGAUGGUUGGACACACACCGACUUUGUUGCCCGCAUGCCAUGCGAGAUAGACAGGGCAGCAGCGGCGACGAGCCGUGGACGUGGCAUUCGUCGUCCAAUACCUCUCGAACCCGCUGUCGGCAUGCAGCAUGACAAGAUGUCGGGUCCCUCUCCUUGAACCACGGCUUGCUUUGUACGCUGCAGGUGAAUGAGGACAUACCGGUAUCACAGCGCGGGGGGACACGGUGUGUGCUACCUGGAGUGCCACCAGAAAGGGGCGAAUGUGCAAUACCUACCCGUCAAUGUAACACGGAGAAAGCGGAAAUUGCCAAGUCUCGUCAUGACCGACCGGUCGGAAGACGGUGCUCACAGCCCCGGGCAGCACGGGCAGGAGCAGCCCAAGGGAGGUCACGGAGAUGCUACCCCACCUCCCCAGCUGCAGGCCGCCCAAGGCGAGCUGCGUCACCGCCCUGAAGCAGACCAAUGCCACCCCCCAAGCAGCCAUUCUGAACUUUUAGAUGCAGGCCCCGUGGCAUCCCAACCGCGGCAGCUUCCCGGAACGCAAGCUUCCUCGUCAGAACCACCACUUCACCCCACUCCCACAGACCCACCCGCGGCUUCUACAUCUACGGCGCCAACGGCGGGAGCUAUAAGCGCAGCUUCCUCCAUCGCCGGGCGUACUCCAACUCUACAGAUUAUCGAUCGCGGUCCCGUUCGGUCACUUGCCAGUCCCGAACCAUCAUCAGCACCUAGCAUCGGUGUCGCGACUCCCAUAGACCACCCACAUCAACUCCAUCCAAAGAGCAUUCGUCCCUUUGUUCAAGCAGUCAUGGCUUUCGAGAAGGGCCGCAAGUUUUCAACGGGCACUUCGGUGCACCGCAAGCGGCAGAUGAGCACCGUGACCGAGAAGGAGGGUCAGUUCGGUCCCCAUCUGACGACGCUCUAUUUGGGCAUUUCGGCUGUCUUCUCCGAUGACCACACGGCUGUUGUGGCCUUGGCCAUCCACGAUACUGUCUACCUGGUGGACUACUCAGUCAAGCACAUCAUACUGGACGACGCCAUGAAGAUGGGCGCCGACCUGAUCGCGGACUACGUUAUCUCUGAGGUCGAGAAGUACGAGCACGAAAAUUUCUCCAAGUUUAUCGGCGCUGGGCUUCCCACGACGCUCAAGUACAUGAGUCCCACUCUGUGCUCCCGCCUUUGGCUCGAGCUGGACAUUGUGCCGAUUGUCAUGCGCCCUGAUGACGAGCACAAGGAGAAGUCUUUCUGGGAUGUUAAGCGCGUCGAUGAGCAGGCCGAUUCAAUGGCACGGAAGUGCAUCAUGAACUUUGGUCCUUCGCUCGUCCCUCUUCUCCAGGUCGGCUGGCGAGGCGUCGUUCAGACGGAUGCUGGCUUCCGUGCCCACUUGACCACGGUCCAGAACCAUAAGGACACCUGCGGCAGUGCCACCUGGGAGACCAUGUUGACCUAUGCCAAGAAGCUCAGGGGCAACAAGACAAAGAUCGCCUUUUUCAGCUCGACCCCUCAGGGUGGUGGUGUUGCUCUGAUGCGCCAUGCAUUGGUGCGUUUUGCUCGGUUGAUGGGCGUCGACUUGACUUGGUAUGUGCCCAAGCCUCGGCCUGGCGUGUUCCGUAUCACCAAGAACAUCCACAACAUUCUUCAAGGCGUCAGCCAUCCGGACCAACGCAUCUCGGCCGAGGAGAAGCAGGCCAUCAUCGACUGGAUCACUGACAACGCGAACCGUUACUGGUUUUCCGAGGGCGGGCCGCUGCGCACCCCCGAGGAAGGUGGUGCUGAUGUUGUCAUUAUUGAUGACCCGCAAAUGCCGGGCCUGAUCCCCCUGAUCAAGAAGACCACGCCGAACCGCCCAGUUCUGUACCGAUCCCACAUUCAGAUUCGGAGCGACCUCGUUGCCAAGGCUGGCACGCCACAGGCCGACAUUUGGGACUUCCUCUGGAGCAACAUUCAAGGGUGUGACAUGUUCAUCAGCCACCCGAUUCCUAUCUUCGUCCCCCACACCGUUCCCCGUGAGAAGGUCGUCUAUCUUCCGGCGACUACCGAUUGGCUUGACGGUCUCAACAAGCCUCUCAACCAGUGGGACUCUGGCUACUAUGGCAAUCUCUAUAACGUCGCCUGCCAUACUCAGCGCAUGACGGAACUGAACUGGCCCGCCCGCAAGUACAUCAUCCAGGUCGCCCGCUUCGACCCAUCCAAGGGUAUUCCUACUGUGAUUGACUCGUACGCCGAGUUCCGCCGCCGGUGCGAGAAGGCAAAUAUUGCCGAUGUGCCGCAGCUGGUGGUUUGCGGCAAUGGCUCGGUUGACGACCCGGAUGCCAGCUUGAUCUAUGACCAGACCAUGUCCCAACUCGAGACGUACUACCCUGAUCUCAUUAAGGAUGUCAGCGUGAUGCGCCUGGAUCCCAAUGACCAGCUCAUCAACACGCUCCUUGCCAAUGCCCACGUCGUUCUCCAGCUCUCCACUCGCGAGGGCUUUGAGGUCAAGGUCUCUGAGGCUCUCCAUGCCGGUCGCCCCGUCAUCGUUUCUGCGACCGGCGGAAUCCCUCUUCAGGUCAAGGACAAGGUCAAUGGUUUCCUCGUGAACCCAGGCGACUGGAAGGCUGUUGCCGGUCACCUCAUCGACCUCUUUACUGACAACGAGCUCUGGAAACGCAUGAGCCACGCCGCGCGCACUGGUGUCUCGGACGAGGUUGGCACCGUUGGCAACGCGCUGGCAUGGUUCUACCUCGCGGCCAAGUGGAACGAGGUGGGUGUUGAGAAGCACGGCAAGGGCGGCCUGAAGGGGAACGAGAAGUGGGUCAACGACAUGGCUCGCGAGGAGGCUGGGUUCCCCUACGCCGAUGGUGAGAACUGCCUGCCCAGACAUUUCACCCAGACCAAGGACGUCAAGGAACUCCCUGUCCACCCCAGGCCGGCCGCCUGAGGUGACGUAUGGAAUAUGGUGCGUUUCAUGCUGCUAUCAUUUCCAUACUGCUAUUUCACUUGCAGGUAUAAGGUCGAUACCAUGGGAUGUUUCUGCGGUGCGUAAGAGGUGUUCGCAUUUGGCUCUGAAAAUGGUGUGGUAGGAGAUGAGAUGACGGUUUGUUACGGCCACCAAGGCUAGAGACAGAGGAGUUCUUCCUGGAGCACAAGAGUUGAUGCCUGGAGACUGCCUUGCUUUAGACAGCCAUCCAGACAUAGACUGAGAAUCAGUAACAAGAAAUGUGUCUCGUUCGUCUCAGCACCAUGCACGUGCCUCACCGUGCUGUCGGGUUCCUUGAUAUUGACAUCUUGUGAUGUAGAGAGACAUGCUGGCGUUGAAGGUUUUGAUGGGAAGAGUCUCUGUAACGGAAGAUCAACCAGUGCUACGGGGAAAGCAGUCCUAAGUUGGCCUUUCAGGUCUAAGAAAGGCUAAACAG